CAGGAAAUAGAAAGCGAAGAUUCGCUCACACACACCACCAACAUUAUCACCCGUCCCAAACACACACACACAGUCCCUCAGCGCUUUGCAGUGAGAUCAGGGAUAUUUGAACCUAUCCUUAUAUCUGAGAAUGGAGGACAAGCAAAACCAUGAACAAAGUUUUGCAAGUCCAACAGGGUGUGACAAAGAAAUCAAUAAAACUUCAGAAGUUAGCCAAACUCAAGGAAAAGCUGCCAAGAAGAAAAAACGUGUGAGAAAUAAGCAAAGUGCAGAACGGGCAUCAACAGACAAAAUCGUUACACAAGAUGAUACAUCACAUGAACCAUCUGGUAAAGAAAAACAGCACAUAUUGUCUCAAGCUAACUGUGACCAGUCAACCCAGACAGAAACUCCUAAAAACAUGUUCAAGGACCAGGCUACUCAAACUAUACCACUUGAGCACAUUCUCACACAGACCUCCGAAUCAAAAUCAACCCAGACACAACCUGCCAGGCUCUCAUAUAAACAGUUGUAUGAAAGCCAGGCAUCUGUAAAUGAAGGCCAGGACGGCUCUCCUGAUCAGUGCAGAAACCCAGAGCAGCUCACUGUGCUCAUCUGGAACAUAGAUGGUCUAGAUCCUGAAGACCUCAGAGAACGGAUCCCAAGCCUGUUGAUGCAUUUAGGAAAGUACCGUGCAGAUGUGGUCCUACUUCAAGAGCUUGUGCCCCCUUACCUGAAGAUUUUAAAAGAGAUUAUGACAGAUUAUGAGUUUUUGGCAGGCAGUGAUGAUGGCUAUUUUACUGGAAUACUGCUUCGAAGGUGCAGAAUGGAAUUAGUUCAGAGCAACAUUGUGAAGUAUCCCACUACAGAAAUGGGAAGGAAUCUGUUAAUGGCUGAGGUAAACUUCUCAGCCCAUCAGCUUUGUUUUAUGACCUCUCACUUGGAGAGCUGCAAGGCCAGCUCACAGGAGCGCAUGAACCAGAUGCGCAGGGUCUGGAAGAGGAUGAGGGAGGCACCAGAGAGCCAGACGGUCAUAUUUGGAGGAGAUACCAACUUGAGAGACCGGGAGGUGAAGAAGUUAGGAGGUCUCCCUGAUGAUAUUACAGAUGUAUGGGAGAUGCUUGGAGAGCCUGAGGACUGCAAGUACACUUGGGACACUGUCAAUAAUAAUAACAAUGACCUCCCAUUCUCUGCACGGCUGCGUUUCGACCGCGUUUACAUGAGAGCAGCUAGAGAGGGUGCUCAACUACAGCCAGACUCCAUGACACUGGUGGGAAUGAAGAGAUUAACAUGUGGUCGUUUCACCAGUGAUCACUGGGGUAUUCUUUGCAUGUUCUCUUUUAAGUCAUCAUUGGAGCAGGUCUUAUGAAAUUAAUCUUAAAUUAGGGAUUAAUAAAUUUAAAGUUUAUUUCUAUAAAGCUGCUUUGUGACAAUGUCCAUUAUUAAAAGCACUUUACAAAUAACAUUUUAUUGAAAUUUAACAUAGUAUAAUGACAUAAAUGCUGGAACCUGUUUAGAGUAAAUUCAAGAAUUAAAAUAAAAAAAAAAACCUCUUUACUUUCCCUUUGGAAAUCAUUAGGUAUAAUUAUAAAUUAUAAACAAUGUCACAAUCCAAGCAUUUGAUAUCACAGAAAUAUUUAUUGAAAUUAUGGAUAUUAACUCAAUAUCAAAACAGUCAUUUUUAACUAUCCUUUUUUCCUGGUGUUUAUGAUUUCUUUCCACUGGAGGGCACUCUGUAACAAUUCCUCUCAGUGCCCUCCUGCUUCUUAUUCUAUAAGCUGUUGUAUUUACAAGUCAGCAUUACCAUUGCUGUAUUUAGUAGUCCACACAUGCCAGGGAAUAUAAAAGAGCCAUUAUAAAACAAAAUCACAUCAUCAAUAACUCAUCAGCAGUUUUAUGCUGCUGCUUUACUCAAAAUGUUGAGCUUCUCUUACAACUGAACUGAUGUGUAUUCUUAAGUGUACUGACAUAGAUGUAUAUGAUUCAUUUCCUUGAUAUAAUUUAAGAAAUUGCGUUACCCUUGGCCAGAAUCAGCAUUAUGUUUUUAUUGCCAUGCUUUGCAGUGAGGGAUUUGUUUUCUUUCAGUCACCUUUGCAGGCAAAACUGGACAACCUUGUCUAAACAGAUGGAUGGGAAUAAUUCUUUGGUGGGGAGUUAGGAAACAGGGCCCUGUGUUUUCAUUUGGAAAAUUGAUAUGGACCGCAUCUUCUCUGCUGCUUAAUCCAAACAGAAUUGAAAUAUCUAGUAAAGUCCACUGGAAAUCAGGAAGGGUGGCAGGCUGUCAGCAAAAUAAUUAUUUGUCAUUGGAGUUUUGGGGAAAUGGGUUAGCAAAGAGAAAUGUGCUUGCACACUCUAUAUCCAGCUAAGAAGAUGGUCUGUGUCCAUCUCCACUGGAUAGCACAGCUUACAUGAGUGUGUCUGCCUUUCUCCUUUCAUUCGAAAUGUUCACUUGGAUUAAUCAGAAGUGAUUUUAAAUUUGUUGUAAUCUUAAGAUUCAACCGCCAUGUUUAAGAUGAAAUAAAUGAACAAAAUUUGACAGGAGACCAUUUUUAAGAGAUUUUUUGAUGUGUAACCUGGGUUAUUAAAUAUUACAUGGGAUAUUGAAGCAGUAUUUAGCUAAAGCAGUAAAAUAUGGAUUUUAUUUGUUUCUGCUGCCGCUGACCUUCACACUGGAAGUUCACACACUUUUAUUGUGCUUCUAAUUUUAAUGUGUUGUUGAUUUAUUUAAAAUCCCUGCCUGCAUAUGUCAAUAGAUUUCUAUUACAGGGUCAAACAAGGUUCUUGUUUAUCUGCUUCAUUCAUUUUCCAUUUUUACAUAAUUGAUCUGGCUCUGCAAUUUAGUGGGAUCAUGAGUCUUGGGCACUGUACAUAUACUAUUAUAUUACACAAUACAUGUACUAGAGAAAAAAGGCAAGCGAAAAUGAAUACAUUUUUGGUGUGUUACUCCACUACGUUGUUACUUAAUGCUGUUAAGAAUGUUUAAGUCAUUUAGCAUCAUGUAAAAUUGCCUGCUAAUUACUGCAUCAUUCAUUUACACCCAAAGGCACUGAUCUUCAUAGGAAAAAUUGCCUAUGACAUUGACGAGAAUGAUAAUUAUGGGAAUAAAUGUGACAUUUAGUCAAAACUAAUUGUGUUACUGGGCAAUAUGCAAAAAAGUGAUUAUCACACAUCAGGCAUACCACCAGUAUUUAUCCACUGCAGCUUUACACAUUAUACUCUUACAUAACUCCCUGUUACAACUCAUACCAACAAGUCCAGAAUAUAGCAUAAAGUUUAUUAUCAAAAUAUUUAUGCAGGCUCAGGGAAACAAAGGCUGUAAUAUCACCUGGAAAAGAGGUAUUGCUAUGGAAUUAGCAUUUCUAUUAUGGGAAAAGUAUUGAACAUAAGUCAGUCACUCAUUUCCAGCAAAUCUAAUAAGCACAGAGUCAUGAUGAAGUAUGGCUUAUUGCUUGCUUCCACAGAUGCAUCUAAUUUUGUACACAUAACCAAGCUGUACUUGACUCUACUGAAUUUUAGUGAAAGUGUGAUGAAUCUAGAUCUCACUUCACCUGUAAACUUUAAAGAAUACUGAAACGACUAAAUGUUGUCUACCACAGAAACUGACCUGUUUUCAAAAGACUCUUGUGAGGGGGUUAGCAGAUGUCACUACACUUCCUGGCCACAUUUGGCUGAUCAGAUUAACAAGAACUGAUUUUGAGGACGUCUUAUCUAAUCCAUUGUCCAUAUUUCAAAUUUGAUCAGCUGGAGCUGUCAAUGAGCCUAAGUGGAUCACACGGUGAAGAAAAGGAGAUGAGAAAAGCAGAACAUUUAUUGCACUUAAUUACAGCUCUUUUGAAGGUGGUUCUGAAUAAUGCUUUCACUGCUUAGUUAUAGCUAUCUGUCAAUGCAUCAUACUACAUCUUUCUGAACACGUUCUUUAUCAGCUUCAGUGCAACAUGCUAAUUCAGCAACUGCAGAAAUUUCCAUACUGCUUUGUUGCAUAUCCACACCAGAUCAUUUAUCAUGCUUUUGUUUUGUAGAUGGAUCUGAAUUUGUAUGCUUAUAUUAACAUUAAGCUUUUAUUUAACCAUUACUUUGAACUGUACUACACAUAAAUAAAUUGCUACACGGUAAAAUCAAUAA